GCAACGACCCGCAACUCAUCUUUCCGACGCGGUUCGCAACCUUCCUCAUAGAUCAUACGGAAUGGUUACUGUCAGGCAUACACUGUUCAUUUCAAGUGAUUGGAGUUAGCCAGCUCUAAAAAUAAAAAAAAACGCCGGGGGUCAUCAGCUUAUGAUUUAUCUGAUACCAAGUACCUAUGAGCCUAGGAACUUCUCAUUAACAUCGUUCAGGUAAAACUAAAGAAGCCAUUCGCUUUCUCCUUUUCGCCUUUUCACGUUUUCACGUUUUCAAUAAUAAUACCCGCUGCACCUUUUCAUCUCACCAUGAGCCAUCCAUUUUCAUCUACAUUUGAUGCCCUUCAGGCGCACUUUACUCAGAAGUCAGACAAGCCAGAUGCCACAAAUUCCGAACCCGGGAGCACCAUCCCGCCGCCUUCACAAAUACAAUAUUCAACAAAUUCUCCUCAAAUCCCUCCUAACGCAGUCCAGUAUGGAGCAUUCAGUACAGGUCCAGGUUACAUGUACAAUGCCUUUUAUCCCUCACAGAACCCAGGCGCGGGAACGUUGCAGCCACAUUUCAGCAACAGCAAUGUCACUAUGCCCAGGUCAAGCUAUCCAGCAAUACAACCUUAUCCACCCCGGGAAAUUCGGCCUCAUCCAGUGGCGGAAAUGCCUUCAAUGAUGCAUCAACAUGUACAUGCUCAUCCAAGUAUGACUAAUCCUCAAGGCUGGGGUUUUCCUUCGAGCAAUGCACCAAGAGAUGUUCCAAUCCCUCAACCACAAAGCUCAGCAGGCGGGUCACGCAACCCACCAGUCAACAUAACGACCCAAGCAUUGGCUGUGCAAGACGAAGCAGAUCUGAUGGAUUCUGCUACUGACGCACUUCUGGAACGACAGAAUGAACUCAAUGCGGAAAACCCAAUGCCAAAGCUUCCUCCCAUGCGGGGGCUCAUAAGAAAAUACCUUCGUGCUGAUAUCAAGCCAGACCGUCCCCGGGUCGGUAAAAGUGCUAAAAAGAGAGGCCCUCGGAAGGCUGCCGAGCCAACAGGUGAUAUUAAAUAUCGUCUCAAUAUGGCCUCAAAUGCGUACAUGGAUGGGCGUAUCGAUGAAGCCAUCGACUUUGUAAACGAUGCUAUUCGUAUCAAUGCCGAGACCUACAGGGCUUGGGUUCUCCUUGCUUCAUUACGCCAGGAGAAAGGCGAUAGAGAGGGGCACUUCCAUGCACGGCUGUUCGCCGCACAUUUGCAACCAAAGAUUAUUGAGGAGUGGCUUCAGUGUGCAGAAUUGGCCAUCGCCCUUCGAGAAGAGUUUCCCGAACAAGCAGAUGAUUACCUCGACAACGCUGACAAGCUCUACUCGAGGGCCCUGAGAAUCGACAGUAAGCAUAGCGGAGCACGUCAUGGGAGAGCCGCAGUACGAUUUGAAAUGGGCCAUCUUAAAUCAGCAGUCAAGGACUAUGCCGCCUUGAUUGAGCAGUGCCCUUUCGAUAUAUACGCCAUCCGUAGCUACGCUGAAAUAUGCGUUCUGCUCGUGGACACCGGUAAACCACGUUUUGCAGAUGGCCCUAAGAAGGCCAUAGAGGCAUAUCAACGUUGCAUCGCCCACUUUCGAGAGAAUGGGUUCGAUAUUCAAUUUCCUUUCGACUGGCAAGACAUCAAAAUAUUUGUCGAACUUCUCGCAUAUAUUGAACAGUUUCAGGAGGCUAUUCAUGAGCUGAGAUCCCUAUCAAGAUGGCUCUUGACUCGGUCAGACGAGACCUUCUGGGAUAACCAAGGGGAUGACCGCGAAUGGGAUGAAGACAGCAUGCGGCGAUUAGAAGUAGGACAGUAUCAGGAUGGAAAGCACCCUGCUUCAUCCUACGGCAAGGGUCUUCCCUUGGAACUGAGAGGAAAACUCGCUGUGUAUCGUCUCAAACUUCACCAAGAGGAUGAAGCUAUGCGUCACCUAGCUUUUAUUGAUCCGGAUAUAUUCAACACGCCUGAACUGCUCUUGGAGUAUUCACAUCUUAUGAUCGAUGCAGGUUCAGCAUUAUACGAAGUCGGUCAUCUUCCCAUGGCCUUACGCUUUUACGAGCCGCUCCGAGAACCUGACCUUCUCGAUACGGAGUCUCUUAUCCGGGCAGGUCAGUGUUAUUUGGACGCGGGAGAUAAAAGACAGGCCGAGGAAUGCUUUACGACCGCCAUUGACCAGGACGAAGCUAAUAGUGAGGCUUGCAUUGAUGCACGCUACGAAUUGGCGAAGAUGUACGAAGCUGCAAGAGAAGAAAGAGAAGCUUACAUCCUUGUCAACGAAGCUAUCAAACUGCAGGAGGCUCACGAUCAAGCUCGGGAACAAGCUCGUGCAGACGAUGAAGAUUUAGGAGAGGAUAACGACGAAGGCCGCAUGUCGGACGAUGAUACUUCGUUGCUUCAAACUGCCUUGGGGCGUGUUACUGGCGAAGAGAUGGGCGCAAAGCCAAUACGAACCCUGCGUCCACUCAGGCCAAAGGGCGAGAAGCCGAAGCUAAAACCGAAACCAAGGGAACGCAAACCUAGAGCACCGCCAGACCCAUCAAGGAGACGCCGUAAGUUGUUUGGUCGCACCGACGAAAUGCAACAGGAAGAGAAGAGAAGGGCAGAGGAACUAUCCGAAGCCUGGAAGGUUGUGCGUGAAUCGCGAGUCUCGUCUGAAGCCGAUGCCAAUGGUCCUUCCAACGCUUUCUUAUCGGCAGCUCGAGUUCUCAUCGACGACUUUAGAUCCUACAAAGACUUUUAUAGCUGGGACAAAUACCUGGCGCAUCUUGGCAUAAAUCAGGCCCGCGAGAAGAUCGAGGCCCGAAAGGGAAAUCCAAACCUUCUAGCCAUGGCGGAACGUCUAUCCAACAACCUGGGUCCAGACGACUCCGGUGCCGAAAAACAGGUUAAAGUAGCCGUGAGCUAUCGAGGAGUUCCGUUCGCCGAGUGGCUUGAUCUGUUCCUCGAAUAUGCCAUAGGUCUAGCUCAAGUCGGGAGAUUUCAAGAAGCUUAUAAAGUAUGCGAAUCUGCCCGUGAUACUACGAUAUUUUCCAAGUCUAAAGAGGACACGUUCUUGAUACACAUAACGUGGGCUGCAUGCGCAUUACGUAGUAGAGACGAGGAGACGUGCGUUGCCACAGCUCGUUGGCUCAUGAGAGAAUACCAAUACGACACAGACCCCUUCCGAAUGUUCUCUGCCUUGUCGAGGUUAUGUCCAUCCCCAGCAUCAUGGUAUGCUUCAGGUCCCGUCCAAAAGUAUAUGCUCCGCCAGAUCAAGCUUAUGGACCGCGCUAUUACCGCGGCAGGAGCUAAAGACAGUGAGGACGAAGACGGUGCACCUAGCGGCAGAUCAUACCCAAGCAAGGAGUUGGACAUCACGUUGCUUAUGGUUUACGGGCAUAUUCUAUUCAUAUCGAACAGCUUCACCUACGCGCUAAAUUACUUUAUGAGAGCAUAUACCCUUGACCCAACCAACAGCUUGGUCAUCCUCAGCGUAGGCCAUUGUUACGUCCACUACGCAUUGAAAAGACAGGCUGAGAACCGACAAUUCCUCCUGACCCAGGGUUUCCUCUUUUUGCAUCAAUACUAUGACCUCAAGUUAGCCUCGCCAAGCGCGGCGCACAGACAGGAAGCCCACUACAACAUGGCGCGUAGCUAUCAUGCUAUUGGCAUCCCGCAUCUCGCCGUGGAGUACUACCAGCGCGUACUCCAGGACGUGCCGGACGACUCUGGAAACGGCAUCAUGGGCCGCGAUGACCUGACGCAGGAGGCAGCGUUUAAUCUUCAGCAGAUUUACUGGGCAGGUGGAGAUGUGGAGGCCAUUAAGGGGAUCGCGGAAAGAUAUUUAGUUCUUUAAGCAUCGUAAUGCAUCAGAAUGCGGAUGAUGACUUAGCUUAUCAUUGUGGAAUAAUUCCCAAGUUAGAUGAUAUUCGCAGUAGCUAGAUGACGUUGAUUGAUAAUACCCACGGCUUUUGCCGCCGAACAUUCUAUCUAAACCCCCUUUUGGUCACAAAGAGCUGACUUUGAUUGACCACAAUUAUUAUUUCUUCACUGGCCGAUCAAUAAAGUUUAUACACAGGUACUCCACGAAUCCAGUCUAACAGUGAGGAAAUUGAGGUAGCUAUUAGUACUACCAGGUAGGUACCUACCUUAGAUAUUGACUCGGAUGGCUAAUGCAAGGGGAAGACGGUAGUGUAUAGUGU